AUGCCCGACCCGGCUCUCAGCCGAUCGACCUCGAGCAACGCAAGGACGUCGCGAUCAUCUCCGGUACAUGCGAAUGAUCGCAAUGGGGGUGGGCUCUUGACACCAGAGGCACCCUCGGCGCGUGGCCGGCUGAGUGGCGUUCAGCUAGGGCUCAAGAAACCCGCUUCGCACGCCCCCUCCCCUGCCGAAGCGAUGCAAUUAAUGCCCACUAGCAAGGAGGAGAGCAGGAAGGGCAAGGGCGUGCAAAGAUUCGCAAGCGGGGAGCAAGCAGAAGAAGAGGAAGACUGGGGGAAGAGCGCCAGCGUUGAUCGGCCUGGACGACGACGACGACGAAGCGAGCGAGGAUGA